AUGACUGACCGUCCUACCCUUCGUCUGGGCUCUAUUGCCCCCAACUUCAAGGCUCUGACUACCCAGGGCGAGAUUGAUUUCCACGAGUUCAUCGGUGACAAGUGGACCAUUCUCUUCUCACACCCAGAUGAUUUCACACCGGUGUGCACCACUGAAUUGGGCGCGUUCGCCAGGCUUCAGGAUGAGUUUGAUCAGCGAGAAGUGAAGAUGAUCGGAUUGAGUGCCAAUGACCUUGGUUCUCAUGACGAGUGGAUCAAGGACAUUAACGAAGUCAACUCGACUCAAGUCAAGUUCCCAAUCAUUGCUGAUGCCGACCGUAAAGUCGCGUAUCUGUUUGAUAUGCUGGACGAACUUGAUUUGCAGAAUAUUGACUCCAAGGGAUUGCCUCUGACGAUCCGCUCCGUGUUCAUUAUCGAUCCUAACAAGAAGAUCCGCCUUAUCAUGGCAUAUCCUGCCUCCACUGGCCGUAACACUGCAGAGGUUCUCCGCGUGAUCGACUCAUUGCAGACUGGUGAUAAGAGAGGUGUGACCACACCUGUUAACUGGCUGCCAAACGAUGACGUGAUUAUCCCUCCAACCGUCAGUACUGAGGAUGCCAAGAAGAAGUUUGGUGAAAUCCGUGAAGUCAAACCUUAUCUUCGCUUCACCAACCUCCAACAGUAA